AAUAUUUGAUUUUUCACGUUCCCAGUGUAUGUACCAACUAAUGGAAGGAAGGAGGUGGCCUUGUUUUUGAAGAAAGUUUCCUCACUUGUGCCUGCUCUCCAUCUUGUCGAUAUUGACGUUCCUUUGGAUGUUUUAUGUAAAGAUGACCACAAACUUGAGCAAGCAUUGGCUAGAGAAUUUCACAUAAGUUUGUCAAGAACAGUACCAAUCCGAGUACACCAGAUUGACUCAAUAGUGACCAUGCUUCGCCAGAAGCUUCAGUCUCAAAGGCGUUAUUGGAUUGAUUUUAGUAAGUGGGAGACUUUUGUUAAUGAUGAACUCUCUCGAACCUUUCUGUCAAUGGAAAUUAUUACUGGAGGGCUAAUAGAGAUCAGAAAACAAAUCCAAAUUGUUAAUGAGGUUUAUAAGCUCCACAAUCUUCCUGAAUUUUACAAGGUUGGUUGCAUUAAUUAUUUUUUCCCGCCCUUUCCAUCUCUAUUCAAUUAAUGAAGAAGAUGACCUCCU